AUGACGGCGACGAAGUCGGGGCUAUCUGCGGCGACGACGGCUGGGACGGUGUCGGAGCUGCCUUGGCGGCGGCCAAUCGGGCACUCGAUGACCAUGGACUCGUCGCUGUCGGAGGCGUGGGCGCCGAGCUCGUUGCCUGGAAAGUCAAGCGCUUUCCCUACGACGCAAUCGUCGACCAGCUUGACGACCUCGCCGUCUCGUUUGCCUCGGUUACGCAUGAGGCUAGGGAGUGGUGCAAGCGAGAGGGGGCGGGUACGCGUGAUAUCGAAGGAGGAUAUCUCGGGCCCGGCGGCGCUGCAGACGGCGGCUGGAGUGGCGCGGUUGAGGGAGAAGGCGAGUGCGGAAAGGGUGCUGCGGGGUAAUCAGUCGCCUGGGAGGGCGCCGAUGAGGAUGGAGGCGAGCGCGCCGCGGAUGGUGAAGAGCGCAAGUACGAACCGGGUGCAGGCGAAGACGGCGUCCGCAUCGCUUGGGAGGCAUCAUCGACGAGCGGAGGCGCUGAGGGGCGAGGGGGCGGGGGCGGCGCACAAGCGGUCACGGCCUCUGGAUGGAGGGGCACCGCCGUUGCCAAUCGUGGCCAGCAAGGGGAUGUCGAGGAGCGUGACUGCGGUUGAGAUGAGGAGGGGCGGAGGGGAGGAGUUUGUGAGUAACAGGGCGACGUGGGAUGCGGACAAUGGUAGUUUGUAG